UGUCUUCUUUCUUCAAUGAUGAGGUUGAUAAAUAGAGUAGGAGGGAUUAGAAGAAUUUCUACUAAUAUAAAUACAAAUGCAUUGCAAGCAUACUUUAAGCAACAGUUUCCUAGCUUACCAGAAGAGAUAAACGAACAAGUCGCAUUGAGAGCAGUAACACACAAAUCGAUAGCUGGUAUACAUGAGGAUCAUCAAUCUAGAUUAAGUUUUCUCGGUAGAAGGACGCUCAGAUUUCAACUAAUGCUGCAUUUACUCGAAAGCGGGAAGAGCGUCGAGGAUGAAUUGUUCAGAUGUUUAGAUACUAGCAAGUUGGGUGAAACAAUAGGGAAUGAUUGGGAAUUAGAGAGAGUUAUGCGGUGGUCUACGAACAGUGAGAACUCAGGCGUAUAUAAAGUGAGAGGAUCUACGGUUGAAGCUGUCGUUGGUGCUAUUUCACAUCAAUAUGGACAAGAAAUUUCUAAUAAAAUAUUUAAAUCGAAAAUAUUGCCAAAACUUGGCUUGUACUAAGUCGAUAUGGAUGAAUUAUUACAGUCUAUUAUAGACAAACGAUUUGAUAAAAAUAAUUUUAAGUCUUUGGCUAUAAACUAUAAGGAACUACUCAGUUUACCUCUGGAUGAAUAUACUGUUCACUCUUUAGUCGAACUCGAUAGCAGUAAUCUAAUUGACGAUUUCUUUGAAAAGUACUACAAAUACUUCUUAGAUAAGCAGUUUGUUAGGGACUUUAUUUUGAAGCACUUCUCCCAUGGUAUUUCUAGUCAAUUGGUUGCAGAACACUUGAACGAUAAUAGACAGUGUACUUCGCUCUUGAUAGAAGCUUUACCUGACAACUACAAUGAAAUCUACACCUCAAUAGAGCACAACUUCGAUAGCCAACAUCGUCUCAAACUCCUCCAACUUACACUCUCCCUGGUUAGUCAACAGCCAAUACACUCUCAUCACCUCAUACACUCAGAGCUCUUCCAGCUGAUACUCAUCAGCAGCUUAAUAGAUUUGGAUAGCAGCAUCAUAUCAUUAAUCAACUGUAUACUCUCUAUUUUGCUCCCGAAAUACCCACAAUUACUCUCAAAUUAUGUACCAACCUUUUUAGCUCUGGUUGGUAGAACACUCGUCUGGAAGAGGCGGAAGAACGACUUCAUUCAGAAUGAGAUCUUAUCAGGCUUAUCAUCAUCGUCGUCAUCGAGUUAUAAUCUAACAGUAAAGCCCACUAAAUUGAGCCAAAUAGUCAAUCAAACAGCUUAUACACCUUCAACAACACCUCUGUUUACUUUCCUUUAUGGCAUUUUUCCUUCAAACACACUGGCUUUCCUCAGGUCACCAAUUGACUAUCUUCAAUCAUACAAUUUCGAUAAUCCC